AUGGCUGAGCCGCCACCACCGCAACCACUACGUAAGGGUUUUUUUCGUGCUGAUCCCCAUGGCCUGCGGCCACCAGAGAGCCCUCGUGAUGCUGAGGAGCCUGAAAACCAUGACAUUGUUGAGGAUCCUCCACUCCCAUCCAGUCGUAACUUGCCGCCUCCACGCUUGCGACCCAUGGGUGGCGGACCACCAUUGGCAGGGGCGGAAGCAGCGGCAACUUCACAUUCAAACAACCGGCCAUCACCCGGGGAGGUCCCGCCGCUGCCGCGACCGGGGACUACGACUGCAGUCACAUCGGCGCAAUAUAAUAGUCUGACUCCUCGGCAAGAACUUUUCAGCAGCCCACAAACAGCUGUCGAGGAAAAUAUUCCAGCUGGGUACGAUAAUCAAAUGAACGUGACAUCCAAUGACUUUUCUCAUUCACAAGAUACAGGGAUAAAAAGAAUCGGAGAUGGUGCAACAGGCUCAUCGGCGAAAACACGUUCCACGAUUGCACAUGCGCCAAGCGGUCGAUUUUCUGAGGUAGUGCAGGAGCGACCCCCUAUCGAAUCUGUGGAGCAGCUAUGUCAGCUCCAGACUCUAGCUCAUCCAGUGGAGCGCUUUUUUGUUGAGUAUCAACCCAUGGCAACGCGUGGUUGCCGCAGUACCCAAGUACCCGUUGAGGAGGACGAAGCUCUGUUCAAUCAUCUCGCGGAGUACACGGAUGAUGAUUCUUUCUUUUCAUCUGGUAGUGCUGUUCUUGAAGAAGACACACGUCGGCUCCAGAACGAUCCGUUACGGGGCCGCGCUAUUCGUUCUGUGUUCGAGACGCUCUCACUGCGCUCCCUCACAAAGGGUCGAAUACCUUACGAAUUGGAGGAUCAGGAGCGCAGCAGUGCUCCCUGGUUGAAGCAAGUUCAUCAACGGGCGAUUGCACUUCAUCAUUCGUCAUUCUUUAUAUUUCCUGCAGGUAUGAAAGCUCGUGUAAUUGCGUACAACAUUCUACACCACUGGUUGACUGAAAUGUUGCUUAUGUUAAUCAUCUUGGUAUAUUCCAUGAUGACAGCGGCCUGGUCCCGCGACACAUGGCCCACAUUGGAGAAACCGUCCUUCAUGUUCUUCGCUGAUGUUUUCUUCCUGUGUAUCUACGCAAUCGAAUUUGUCGCACGGCUUUUUACUUCGGGCGCUGUUUCGCACUCCCGGGCAUACUUUCGGUCGCCAUGGCACUGUCUCGACGCCGCAGUGCUUUUGCUGAUGAUAUUGAACUGCACAAACCUCCAAUCGAUGUGGAAUUUUUCGGCAUUCCGUCUCAUUCGUGUUUUGAAGUCGAGCACAUACGUGCCUAUUCCAAUUAACAUGAAGCUGCUGGCGAAGUCGCUUCUCCGUUCAACGUCCAAUGUGGUGAAGGUGUCCACUAUCCUUUUUUAUGUGCUGUUGUUCUUCUCGCUCGUGGGCCUUCAGCUCUUCUCGGGAGUGCUCCAGCACCGCUGUGUUAGUCCAACCACGAAAAAUGUAACAAAUCAGUUGUGCCGCUUUAACCACAGUGAAAAAAAUGAAAGUUAUUACCACGGAGCUACGUGCCCCUCACCCCACUUAUGCGUUGCCGACACAUACGGAAAUCCCCACCACGGCUACCGCAGCUUUGACAGUGUGGGACACUCAUUUUUAUCGGCUUUCCAGAUAAUGACGUUUCAGGGCUGGACAAGCCUGCUGCAAGAGACAUCAGACACUACAUCAGUAGCAGCUAUUCUGUACUUUUUUUUGGCGAUCCUGAUCUGUGCGUGGAUUAUCCCUAGCUUAUAUUUGGGAGUCUUUAUUGAAAAAAUCGAGAAAACGAGACGAUUGUUUGUACAGAAACAACUGCAGCUAUUUGACGGUAUGCUACUGGAGCAGCGGCAACGAUUGAAUGAGGCAAUCAAGCUUCGUGAUUUUGUCGAACGCGAUGAAAGUGGAAAAUUACGCCGACAUCCAAUCGAACUCAUCCGGUCUGCUUCACGGAGGAUUCAGAGGUCGAAACUCUCGAACAGCCAAACAAGCAUCGCAACUGAGUCAGAGUCGGGAGAACCCGCAGUCGUGGUGAAAAAACCCAUUGGGGACACAACAAAAGGUCGAUCUCGCUGGACAGACGAGCAGCGUGUUCAACUCCACCUUUCGCUCACACGACAACGUGAUAUUGCCAGUGGGGGUGAACGCAGACGACGUGUGGUGAUCAAAAAUGAUGGUGAGAUAAGCGGGGGAACUGCUGGCCUCCAUUCGCAACGGAAGGGAUCGGAGUCAAUAGGGGAGCGGGCGAUGAUGGUGACGGGGGAUUUUGCGCUUGGAGGCCGCGUUGGCGUGGUCCAGCACCAUCCGCUCACUCACACUAUUGGUGCAGCUCACGGCACGGACCUUCCCCUGGCAGUUCGUCUAGAUAACGAGGAAGAACAGUUGAGGUUCCUCAAAGAUUAUCAAAACCCGAUAGACAAUGACAUAAUGAGGCGGACUAACACUUUCGAGGACACAAACGGAAACUUACAUCCCUCUUUCGUGCUCACCUCAACGCAGCGAAGGGGUGGAAGCUUCGAUGAGGCAUCCAACACAAUUCGAACAACCACGGAAGCUGCUGGUGUCAUUCCAAGCCGUCACUCAGCCACACUGAAUGGUCAUAAUACUAGUAGGAUGGACUCCAACGGGAGUUUAGAUGAACCUACAUCAAAGACCCAAACCGUAUCGAAACGCGGGUCCCCAAUGCCGCGUUUGUCCUCCGGUCAGGUACCCGAAGUUAUUAUCCACGACCCCGAAGGCGGUGACUUCCGAUUCGCUGAAACGCGUUCACAGAAGUGGGGAAUUGUACGUAAUAUCUUGCACAUGUUCACCGAAGGGUAUCCUCGCAUUAUUACGCAGUAUAUCCGUGAACAUCGUCGGAUGCAGCGACGGUUUGGUCUCACACCCCUCAAUUACGUGAAUAAGUACGAAGAUGACGUGCUUCGGAAACUGCGGCAGCGGCGUGUGCUUCAAGUAAAGGAACCAGGUGCACCGUCACAAACUUCGCGCGCAAGCGGUGACGAGGAACUUGUCGAAGUGAAUGGAAAUAAGGUUAUCCUAACCGACAGCGAUGAUAUUGGAGACCUGUCACCGAUUCAAAUGGCUACCAAUAUUGUUAGAAAUGUACCUGUAACGCCUUUCGGUGCCGUGAUGCUGGUUAUUGUCAUCGUCAACGGCAUUUUCAACGCAACGCGGUAUUUUCAGCAACCAGAAUAUUGGGAAACUGCCCUUUUUGUCCUUGGUAUUAUUUUUACGUCAUUUUUCGUGCUGGAGAUUGUUGUCCGUGUCAUAGGACUCGGGCUCGUUUCAUUUUUACUGGAUUUCAACAAUCUGUUGGAUGUUACUGUUACAAUUCUCGGGUUCGUGGAGCUCGCCUACGCACGGUCAAACGUCGUUACAGUGCUAAACUGGGUGAGGCUUCUGCGCCUAUUUCGCACUUUGCCAUUUGCACCUAUGCGGCGGGUGUCACGAGUGCUGUUACUGGGUUUCGCAGACAUGUUGUAUGCGUUGUUCUUCUUCAGUAUCUACAUGUUUAUGUGGAUUCUCAUCGGCAUGAGUUUCUUCGGCGGUCCCAAUGGCAUGGUGGAUCAUACGUUCCAGGAUUACUACACGCGUGGAAAUUUUGACACAUUUUCUGGUGCUUCAUUUGCUGUGUCGCAGGCAUUCUCAUAUACUCGUGAGGAAUGGGUGUACCUGACGUGGAACGGCAUGCAAUCUCGUGGUGAGUACACCGUUCUUUAUUUCAUGGCCGUCGUCGGUGUGGCUUUUAUUGCCCGCUACUUCUUCGUCGCCGUGUUCGCGUGGGCAUGGCAGAGCGAGGAAGAGGAGGAAGAAAACUACGCAGCAAUCGCUAAAGGUGGUUCAGGUGGCCGACGGGAAGUUACCCGACUGCGUUGGUUUGACUUUACUGUGUGGCGCUCGUUCAAGCACAUACAUGGAGGGUUCGAGAGGCGAGAUGUUGCACCGGAUGAAGUGUUUCAUUUGAACGAAGAUAUGCGCAAACAACUUCGCAUUGCGGAAGCAAAGGAACGGUUCACCAAAGAGGCCCUCGCGCAGACCGACUUGGCCAUGAGUCAACGCCGGAUGGGGUCUCCGAUGGCCAGCCCUUCUGCAACCAUGGGAUAUAAUACAGACGGCUACGCACCGGCGGCGCAGGUUGGCACAGCUCCUAGAUAUGUUAACGUUGGUGGGCAACUGCAGCGUCACAUAAACCCAUCAGUUGACUUUGUUGAUGCGCAGGUUCCACCCCUUAACGCGCCCAUAUCCCAGUUUCAAGCUGAGAAUGCGCAACUCCGGUUCGCCCGUCGGUAUAGCACCGUUCCCGCCUCGGUGUACACUCCUGUAAUACAAGAUGAUGGUAUUGAUAGACCAUCCCCUUCAGCCCGUUCAAGCCCGUCGGAUGCGGGGGAGCGGAGCGGGGAGCUUGGUGGGGAAAGUCAGCAAAAUGGCCAAGAGGAGGGAGACGGUCAAUAUUCUCCGAGGGGGGUGUCACCUAAUGGAACGGGAGGGAGAGCGACUUCGACGGGCCUGCAACGAAAAUCAAGUGUCCUUGGGCGUUUUCCCAGGUUGGGGUACGAUCGAGCUGCAGGUAAGAAAGACGGAGGGUCAAGAAGUGUAAGCGCCUCCGCCAUGCAACAGACGGGUGACGGUAACGAGUUGAGGGGAGACUACGUUAACGAGGGAGAGGUCAACGGUGGCAGCAUGGUGUACGAACACAUUCUGUACCCUGGGCCGCGGUUACGCUACAAACACGUAAUGCGAAACCAAUACGUGCGGGUGUUUGAGCGUUGCUUAGAUUGUAAUACCUAUCAACAGAUGCCCUUGCGGGCCCCGCCGAAUGUCCAACAACGAACACCGGAAGAAUUACAUGCUGAACACUGUCACAUGGCUGCUGUGCGGAGUUCGCGUCAACUGGUAUUGAAUGCCAUAAUGGGUUAUGUUCGCUUGCAGAAAGAUAUUAAUCAACCACCGACGCGUGAUGCAGUUGAAACGGUACUUGGACAAGCUUGGAGUUGUGGAAUGUUGCUGUUCGAAACAAUCGAGUAUCUCUCCUGUAGUGAUAUAGAGCAGCGGGAGUAUCGAACGUGGGAUCGCACACUGGAGGCGUUGCAAUUGCAACAAUGGUUGAUAGGUCUGCAUGUGGGCGAAGAACAAGUUGGUCGUGCAACCCUAGCCUACACAUUGGCCCACCGAAAGAGGGAGAAACUCGCCGUGGAACACAAGUCGUUUGAGCUUUCGUGGCGUCAGCGUUCUUUCUUUUUCAUAUCUCCUUCGAACCCGGUGCGUCGUUUGUCAACGAGAAUUAUACAGUCACGAUGGUUCGACAUUUUUAUUCUCACUGUUAUAUUCAUUGCGUCAUUUUGCCUAUGUUUCCACAUUCCCGGAAAGGCUAACGACCCAGAAACGGGUUUCGUUGUGCUACGUGCCUUUGACGGAAUCUUCACCUGUAUAUUUUUGGUGGAGAUGAUAAUGAAGUGGAUCAGCAUGGGUGUAAUUCUCUUCAGACCGGAGGCAUACUUCUGGCACUGGUGGAACGUUUUUGAUUUCGUUAUUGUCAUUGUGUCGCUGAUCGGAUUGGCAGACCAACACAGCGCCCUCCGCUCCAUCAAGGUUUUGCGUUGUUUUCGGAUACUUAUCCCUAUGCGGGUGUCCAACUUCAAUAGAAGUCUUUCCAAGAUCUCGUCAGCCUUACUUGAUUGUCUGCCGACAGUAGCGAACAUUCUUCUGCUGUUUUUUAUCAAUUACUUUGUGUGGGCUGUGCUGGCAGUACGGCUUCUAAAUGGCCUCACCCACUCUUGCAGUGAUCCGUCCUUCGUCGACAUUACGGCCUGCGAAGACGCCAAACAUGAAUGGUUGCCCAAAGUGCGUAAUUUUGACUCUUUCUUCCAAAGUUUGCUGACAAUGAUAGAGGUCAGCGUGGGGUCGAAGUGGCUGGAUGUUAUUUACACGGGUGUAAAUGGUCGAACGUCUGAACAUGCGCCUAUGGAUGACCAUUACCUUGCAAGGGGAUUCUUCUUCAUCGUAUACUAUUAUGUCUCCCACCUCAUUUUGUUCUCACUGUUUACUGCGUCUAUGAUUUACAGCUAUCUGUUAACCAAAAAUGCAGCUGAGGGAGUAUUGGGGAUCACGUUUGAGCACCAGCUUUGGAUUCGCAUGCAACGUAUGACACUGCAACUCAAGCCACGUGUAAAGCUUGUUCCUUUGUGCAACCACGUGUCACAGUUUUUGCACAAUGUUGUCAUCCGCCCCAUAUUUGAGGUAGUGGGUGCGAGUGUACUUCUUCUCAACAUUCUUACCAUGGCAUUGCACUGGUAUGGCGAGACUAAAUCGAAGGCAAGCGUGUUAGCUGCCUUUCAAUAUGUGUGGAUGUUUUACUUUACCGUCGAGGCGGCCAUGAAGAUUGGAGCCCACGGAAUGCGGGCGUUCUCCCGGUGGGCGUUUUCUUUUGACUUCUUCGUGUUACUAUUGUCCUUUAUUGGGUUAAUAGUGGAUGCGGCAAGUAGCGAGGGUAUGCCGUUUAACGUGAACGUACUUCGUAUGCUGCGGCUAGGUCGCUUCUUCUCCGCUGCAAAGGUUUUUAAGCCGAUGAGGAAGCAGUUUUCAUUACUGCAUGAAGUGCUGAUUCGUUCGGCAGUUUCCCUUGCCAACGUGACGCUUAUAUUGUUUCUAGGGGUGUUCGUCUUCACGGUACUUGGUCUUCACCUCGUUGGAGGUGUUCCUGUAGGGGAAGGUGGUUACUUUGACGACCGGUACACAAAUUUCAACAAUUUUGGUAAUUCGCUGAUGAUGACGUUUCGCCUCACCACUUUGGAGAACUGGAGCCCGUCGCUUCGGGAAGGUAUGAAUGUCACACGCAAAUGCACUGAAGAUGAUUGCAGCGUGAACUAUGGGUCGGCGUUUUACUGUCUUCUGCUACUUGUUUUCCUCGGGUUAAUUGUUCUCAGUUUUUACAUGGCGGUGAUUGUGGAUCAUUACGUUACAGCUGCACGCAUGAACACGAGCAUAACACGUAUUGAAGACCUGCGGAGGUUCCGUGAUCUGUGGUCCGAGUUCGAUCCCAAUGGAGCACUCGUGCUGCACACACACGAACUCCCAAAACUUCUCGAAUCUCUGAGACCACCCCUUGGUCUUACCUCCAGGCAUAAUCGUGUCGAGCUUCUUAGAUUACUGCGAGAGUAUGACAUUCCAAAUCACCGUGGGAAAGUUCACUACCACGAGGUGCUUCUGCCGUUGGCUCGCAGGGUCCUGGCAAUGGCCUUCAGCAGAGAUACGAUGGAUUACAGGACAACGUUUGACACAUUAUGGCGCCACUCCGAGAAGUCGCUCCGUGCACUGCCAACAGUGCUUGGUAAGCGCUCCCACGCAACCGCCGCGCAGCAUUUUGCUGCGAGCUAUGUGCAGGCGGUAUGCCGAAGGAAGAAAGCUUGUCGAGAGGUGCAGAGGGUACGAUCUGAACUUUGGCACGAGGGUCGUGCUGUUUGUGACGAGCUCGGUUUGCCCUAUGCGGAUUACGGCUUUGGGAACCUUUUACUGGAGGGUCCGGAUCCUAUGCGAGAUCUUGUGCCACGCAGUGCCUCUGCAGCGAGCUCUGGUGGAAAAGGCACCCGAAAAGGUGCCAGUGAAGCGGAGAACGCCGCCUCUUCCCCACUGUGGCGGGCAGGCCAGGCCGAAUCGCCGUCGAGUCCAAGGAGUGAGGGAGAAACGAUUGACGGCAGGGCCCCUGCCGCCCGCCUUCCCGGCGCGUACCAACCGGCGAUAGAAGAACGUGAGAAACGGUUUGGCCCCGAUGUUCCGAACGCUCUUCGACGCCACGAAACACGCUCGGAAAAACUUAGACGCAAGGAUGAGGAGCGGAUGCUGCAAUCCACUCCCGAUGAUGCGGUGUCUUCACCAGUAUCCAACGUGCGCUCGAAUUCGCAGCGAGUUAACGUGGGCGAAUACCAGCCACCACUAGGAACAGAUCCCACCAGUUGGCUUGGUAGCAAUGUAAACCGUGGGUCAACCGUAGGUGGACCAACGACAGAAUCUCGCACGAGUAGCGUUAUGCCUGCUCCACAGGGACCUACAGCACCAGAGUAG